UCGAAGCGGUUUUUCAUCGAGAGACGCAUGGCGUCACCGCCCUUCUUCUGCGCCUUCCUCUUGUUUCUUCUCGUAGGCCGUUUGCCCGGCGGAGCACCGGAUCUGGCGGCGGAUGGCGUCGCCCUGCUUUCCUUCCGCGCCGCCGUCGGCCGCUCCGUGCUGCAGUGGAACGCGUCCCUGUCGCCCUGCUCGUGGCGAGGUGUGGAGUGCGACUCCGGCAGAGUCAGCGCGCUCCGCCUCCCCGGAGCCAGCCUCGUCGGCUCCAUCCCGUCCGGAACCGUUGGAAACCUCUCAAACCUCCGCAACCUGAGCCUCCGCUACAACCAUCUGUCCGGCGACUUGCCAUCCGAUAUUUUCGAUCUUCCGGAGCUCCGCAACGUUUACCUCCAGCAGAAUCAGUUCUCCAGCAGAAUCUCAACGGUUCUAGGUUCUGUCAGGAACCUCGUCCGGCUUAAUCUCGCUGGGAACCAGUUCUCUGGAGAAAUCCCUCCGGCGCUCAACAACCUCACACGGCUUCGAAUGCUUUAUCUGGAGAGCAAUCAGCUCACCGGGAGUCUCCCCUCUUUGGUUCCGCCUAAUCUGACACUGUUCAAUGUGUCGUUUAAUCGGCUUAGUGGUUCGAUUCCUCCUCCUCUUGGCGGGUUUCAGGUGAGCUCAUUCCUCUCCACGGGCCUGUGCGACCGGCCGCUUCCUCCGUGUUCAGCAGAGAUUGCUCCAUCGCCGCCGCCGAAUGCGGGUUCUUCCGGCGGUGGCGGCGGCAAUCUCUCCGGAGGUGCCAUCGCCGGCAUCGUCGUCGGUUCCGCCGUUUUUCUCGCCUUCCUCCUCGUCUUGUUCAUAGUAUGCCGUAGGAUCCGCAAGAGAGCGACGACUUCGCCUGUCAAGCAGCGAGAAGCUGUUUCGGCGGUGCCGGCGCAGGAAAGGGGAAUCGGCGGAGGAGAAAGCAGCAGCACGUCCACCGCUACACCAACACCACCUGCGGCGCUCCCCGUGCCGAAGAAGCUGGUCUUCUUCGGCGGCGCCGCCGGUGCGACAACAUUCGAGCUGGAGGACCUGCUGAGGGCAUCGGCGGAGGUGCUAGGGAAAGGUACGUUCGGGACGUCGUACAAGGCGGUGUUGGAAAUGGGGAUCACAGUGGCCGUAAAAAGACUCAGCUAUGUAACCUUGACGGCAAACGAUUUCCGGCAGAAGGCGGAGCUCAUCGCGGCGAUGAACCACCCCAAUUUGGUCCCUUUACGAGCGUACUACUACAGCAAGGACGAGAAGCUCCUUUUGUACGAUUACAUGCCCAUGGGAAGCCUCUCUUUUCUCCUUCACGGCGACAGGGGAUCUCGAAGAACCCCUCUCCGCUGGGGCACAAGAACUGCCAUCGCCCUUGAUGCCGCGCGCUGCAUCGAAUACCUUCACUCAACUGGACCUUCUUCCUUCUCGCAUGGCAACAUCACAUCCUCCAACAUCCUGCUCUCCGACUCGUAUGAAGCUCGCGUCUCCGACCAUGGCCUCUCUCUUCUCGCCGCUCCGUCCGCUGCUAUGGCACGCGUAAUUGGCUACCGCGCACCGGAGAUCACUGAUCCUUCCAGGGUUCCCCGGAAGGCUGACGUUUACAGCUUCGGGGUGCUACUGAUGGAGUUGCUCACCGGGAGGGCCCCUGCUCAGGCCAACCUCAACGGCGACGGCGUUGAUCUGCCAAUGUGGGUUCGAUCGGUAGUGCAAGAGGAGCGGACGGCCGAGGUGUUUGAUCCCGAUCUGCUCAGUCAGCAGAAUGUCGAGCAGGAGAUGGUCCAGCUGCUGCAGCUUGCUGUGGACUGUGCUGCUCAGCAUCCGGAAGAACGGCCUUCGAUGGUCCAGGUCGUCGCUCGCAUUGAGCAAAUUCGAUCGCCAAGCGUCAUAGCUCUUGAAGAGGUUGAAGUUAGCGAGAAGCUUUCAUCAAGCAGGGAUCAUUCCACCACUGAAUCCUAAGUUUUCUGGAUGAACAGAAUAGUCUGGAGAUCGCUUCACAUGAAGAUUUCCCCCCCUAAAUUUUGAUGAUUUAUCAGAAUCGUUUGUUCUUCCCUUUGUGUGAUUGCUACUAACAGAUUGUUAGACUGUCGUAAUGUUCAAAUGCUGAUUCACGUAAUUGUUUGAACCUUUAUGUAUU